AUGAAUAUACAGGGUGAAAUAGUAAGAGAAAUUUCUGUAAAUAUUGGUAAAAACAUUACAAUACCAUGUCUUCUUCACCAGACCAGAGAUGUUAUGUGGGUGAGAGAAGGCAGAGAGGAUCAACAGCAUGCCAGAAUGUCCGUGCUCGAAAAUGGGGCUUUGUUUAUCUCUCAAGUUGAUAGAAAUGACACUGGUGUAUAUGCUUGCAGCAGAGAAAAUGUUGUGAACUCAGAUGUUACAGCAAAAGUAAAACUGACAGUAAGAACUCCUCCACCAGCAUUGGCCAAUGUAGUUGUAAGACCUAGUACUAUUCUAGCUCUUCUAUUAUGGGAAGUUGAUGGCACUGGUGGAUAUCCUAUUGUAAAUUUUACAGCACAAUAUAGGCUGGGUUUUACCAAUAACAGUUGGAUACCAAUCCCACCUAAUGGGAUUCCACAAAAUUCCAGACAAAUUGAUGUGUAUAAUCUUAGUCCCAAUACAACAUACCAAUUCAGAAUUUGGGCGACAAAUCAAUUAGGAAAAGGUGUCAUAACCGAAGUGUAUGGUACUACACUAUGUGUAUAUACAGAGCAAGAGCUUGCCAGAUAUUUCUUAGACAAUGCUGAUAAAUUUGAUACAACCGUUUGGGCUAUUGCAGUAGGAAUUGUAAUGGGUACCUUGGUUUUGCUUGGUUUAGGUACUUGCUUUCUUCUAUAUCAAGAAUGUAAAGUUCCUGGAGUUAUAGAGGAACAGGAGAUCAUCGAGCUGGUUCCGAAUAUAAUCCUGAAUCCUGGAUUCGAUCCAAACAACGUUUCCGAUCAACUUCCAGAUGAAAACUCGAACAGUGAAACGCCUUUACGAUUAAACAAUAAUACAGUCGUACAACCUAAUCAUUGUUAAUUUUAAGAACUGACAAGGCCAGUCGUUUGCUGUAACAAAUGUCCUUUUUUUUACGAUAUUUUGUAAGAUAACACUAAGGUGUUCCAGAUAAAUACAGCUUCCUUUAAGCUCAAUUCAUCUUAUGACGGCACGUGCCUUAGAACAAUAGACGGCGCACAUCCCCGGUAUCGCCCCGUGCCGUUGUACGAUAAACUAGCCAAUGCUUUUCAUAUCGGACGAUUUUUCAACGUGCCCCGUAAGGCGGCGUGUCAUCCACGUUCCCGUCGGCGUCGUAAGAUAAAUUGAGCUUUAUUGUUGAUAUUGAAAUUGUUACAGCAUAGACCAUAGCGUUAAUUUAAUGUUUUGCUUGAUGGCAAUUGUUUAAACCUUUUAUUUAUUUAUUUAUUACAAGAUAAAACUUGUGGGUAUAUUUUUUUAAGUAAACGCCAAGGUCCAACCCCCACGUCGCAACUGUUUUAAAACAGCGGUCUGAAACCGAUUGCACUCGCAACUAGUUUGUUACAUCGGCAGUGCAAAAGCACGCAUUCACCCACGAGACGAUUCGCCUGAAACUGGUUUCCAACUGGUUUUCAACCAUUGUUUUAAAGCAGUUGCGUUGUCCGCGCUAGACCUAAGAGUAUUUAGUAAUUUCGCUGAUAAAACUGUCUUUGUAGGCAUUGUUGGCUAGUACAAAGCUGAAGAUUUGGUUAGCUGAAAUGAUUCACCUAUUUCACCUAAUCAAAUCUUCGGGCUACUGUCUUUUAAGUCUCCUCAUUAUUGGUGGGACGUUGAUUAGUAGAAGGAAUAAUUGUGAACGGAACGGUGAAGUCAUCAAUCAUUUGCGAUAUGCGGACGACACAGUACUCCUAGCUUCUACUCAAGAAGACCUGCAAACAUUAUUUGAUAGAGUUGUUGAGAGUUGUAGGAAGGCAGGUCUGGAUCUGAACACACGGAAAACCAAAAUACUCGUAAUAAGUAAACAACAGAGUAUAAAACCGUAUAUAUGUAAAUAAUACCAAACUUGAUCAAUUUGAUCAAAUUGUUUACCUUGGAUAUCAAUUAAAUUGUAACGGAAAAAGACUCACGGCGAAAUUAGAUCUAGGAUAGAGGAUAGAGCAGGUCAGAGCCGCUUUUAGAAGGAUGUCCAAAGUACUAUGUAACAGAGACCUAAAAUUUUCAUUGAAGAUCCGCCUACUUCGCUGAUACGUGUUCUCGGUCUUACUUUAUGAUGUUGAGUCCUGGUCUGUGAAUAAAAUCAAUUUAAAUCGCCUUGAGGCUUUCCAAAAUGUAGUGCUAUAGAAGAAUUUUAAAAGUUUCUUGGGUGGAGAAGUUUCGAAACUCCACAAUACUAAAACGUCUCAGCAAGACUACUGAGAUUAUAAAAAGCAUUAAGAAGAGAAAGCUGGAGUAUUUCGGACAUGUAAUGAGAGGUCCCAAAAAAGGUUGCUACAAAAUAUUAUGCAAGAGAAAAUAGCAGGCAAACGCAGUCCAGGACGAAGAAGAAUCUCAUGGUUGAACUAGCGAGAUUAUGUUGUCCUUUUACAGUUAUAUCAGCUCAUAUUUCUUAUUACUUUAAAUAAGACCUUGAGAUUUAUAAGUACCCAGACUCUUUAUCUAACAUUUUUUAAUAACUAAAUAUGAUUGUUUUUCCAAAUACUUACAUUUAAUUUUUUUAUAUCAUAAAUAGUGCAGUCACUGGAGGUGGAUAUGAGCUAUUACCUCCGAUUUCGUUGAACCUCCAUAGAUUUGCAUGAAAAUUGGUGAGUGGUUACAGGAUAUCUCAAGGAACAAAGGUGACGUGGUGCCAACU